AUGUCAUCUUUGAUACUCAAAAGAUCAUUCAACAGAUCCUUGCUCCUUUCCCAAAACCCUUGCACCGAAACGCUACUUGUUCCCUCCUUGUUCUCAUCUCUGUCUGAACUCCAAGUUAAAUCUCUACACUCGUCAGGGCUUCGCAAUUUUCCAUCUUUAGAUCAAAAUUACAAGUUUCUGCUUUCUGGGUUCUCUUCAUUUUUGCUUAAAACUGUAGAAAGACCAUCUCGGUCCCAUUUUAGGGUAUCUAAGCGUUACCUUUCUUCACGUUGGAGAGAAAGAUAUAGGGUUUUGACUUCUCGAAUUUGUGCUUUGCAAAGAAAUAAUUCGGCUUUUUCUUCAGUUCUGCCUUCAAGUGUUACACUUCCGUGUGAGUCUAAUAAGGAUCAGCUCCAUUCAAGGCGCUUUCGCAUGUUUAGUACAAAGGCAGCAGUUGAAUUGUCAACUUCUCAUGGUUUAACUGUUGAUAGAAUUGUUGCCAAUAAUUGGACAAUUCUUGACGAGAGCGAGAGCGAUUGGAAGAGUCAUGCUGCUGCUAUUUCUCAAUCCAUUCAAGUGAUCAAGAAGCGUUUGCAGUGGAAGAAAUUAAAGCUUAGAUUGGAUCUGUUAUCAGCUGAGCUGAAUAAGCCGGACCUUUGGGGAGAUCCUGUACAUGCUGGGAAGAUAAGCCGUGAGCAUGGUUCACUGAUGGCUAAAAUGAAACAAGUGACUGCAUUUGAGCAGGAAUUGCUUGAGCAUAUUGACAUGAUAAAGCUGGCUCGUGAAGAGGAUGACACUGAGUUGGAAUCGGAGUCGUUGAAUGCUUUACUUCGGAUGAGAAGAAAUUCAAAAGAGAAAGAGCUUCAAGCUUUGUUGGCUGGCGAGCAGGAUUCUUGCUCUUGUUAUAUGGAGGUCCAAGCUGGAGCUGGGGGUACUGAGAGCAUGGACUGGGCAAAAAUGGUCAUGCAAAUGUAUAAGUUGUGGGCUCAACGGCAGGGUUAUAAAGUAACUGUGGUGGAUGAAAUGCCUGGUGAGAUUGCAGGAAUCAAGCGAGCAACAAUCAAGGUAGAUGGUGAAUAUGCAUUUGGUUAUGCCAAAGCAGAAGUAGGUGUGCACCGGUUGGUACGUAUCUCCCCUUUUGACAGUGCAAAGCGCCGGCAUACUUCAUUUGCUGCUGUUGCAGUAAUACCAAUUCUGGGUGAUGGAUCCACUCAUGUACAAAUUAAUGAAUCUGAUCUCCGAAUUGAGCGAUUUCGUGCUGGGGGAGCUGGUGGCCAGCAUGUUAACACAACUGAGAGUGCUGUUAGAAUAGUUCAUAUCCCAACUGGAAUCACUGCCACAUGUCAAAACGAAAGAUCACAGCAUAUGAAUAAGGCUUCAGCAAUGGCAGUGCUCCAAUCCCGGUUGGACCGGCUUGAGAUGGCUCGCCAGGCUCAGAUGAAUGCACAGCAUACGCACUCACUCACUGAAAUAAGUUGGGGAAACCAGAUUCGCACUUAUGUGCUCCAUCCUUAUCGCAUGGUUAAAGAUCUUCGGACCAAUUAUGAGGUCUCUGAUCCCGACACCGUGCUUGGGGGAGCUAUAGAUGGCUUCAUCUUGAGCUACUUAUCAGCUUCUGUGGAUAAAGAUGAAGACUACCAAUAAGCUUUAGUUUUCAUGAAGUUAUUAUAUCUUCUGCAGAUUGACAGAAAAUAUGGCCUUCGCGCAUUUCAGCAGCUGGAUGGUGAUCAAAGCUGCAAUACCCACUACACCUAAAUUUAGGGAGUGCAUUGAAAUUUUGUCUAUUUAGUGGAAGCAAGGGUGAAAAAAUUUUGCUACUGAAGAGUCUUAUUGGCUUUUGGUACAUAUUCUUUUAUUUCAUGGCAAGCUGUGCCACUAAUUGAUUAACGUUAUCUAUAAUGUUGGGUCAGUAUUUAUACCUUAAUAAAAAGUCAAUUGGAGCCUUGAUUAAGAUCAA